GGCAGUAGCAGCCGCCACUCAGAGAACAGAGUGGAAAAGAGGACGAAGAAGAAAGCAGGCAGCUAACUUUAGUCGCUGUUUAUUUUCGUUGACAGCUGAGAAGACUUCAGUAACAUUUCGGCAUUUUUCUAAUUUGAGGUUUUUGCUGUAAGGUGAAGCUUUGGCCUCUGCUGUUAAACUGCUGUGUGCUGACAGAUUAGAGAUCAACAUGAGGUCAUUGCACACUGACCACUCAGUCCUCCUUGAAAAUAAUAUCGCCAUUCUUGGAAGAUCAGACACCUCUGCACGUGGAUAGUAGAAGGAUCUGAAGUAUUUCAAUAGCAUUAGACGACCCGCGCAGCACCGUGGUAUGAUGGUUAGUACCGUUGUCCUAUCGCAAGAAGGUCCUGAGUUCCUCCACCAUCUGGGCAGAACCUUUCUGCGUGUGAUGCGAGCUCCUCUGCGCUGGGUGCUAUGGGAUGUGAAGGACACCCUGCUGAAGGUGCGCUCAUCUGUGGGAGAGCAGUACUGCAAGGAGGCACAGCGUAUGGGCUUGAGCCUCAGUCCUGUGGAGGUCGACGCCGCUUUCCGGCAGGUUUAUCGACAGUAUUCCAGUAGAUACCCAAACUAUGGCAUCAGUCAGGGCCUGAAUGGACAGUCAUGGUGGAGGGGGGUGGUGCGGGACACUCUCUCUCAGUGUGGUGUACAGGAGCCAGAGUUGCUAAACACAAUAGCCAACAAUCUUUACCACAAAUUCUGCAGCGCAGAUAACUGGGAGGUAUUUCCAGACUCAAAGAAGGCUCUGGAGAGUUGUUCUUCUCUUGGACUGAAGCUGGGUGUGGUGUCCAACUUUGACAACCGCCUGGAAGCCAUCCUACACGUUUGUGGGCUGCUGUCAUACUUUAGCUUUUUAAUAACAUCAGAAGAGGCUGGUGUAGCAAAGCCCAGUCCAGCCAUCUUUAGUCAGGCACUGCAAAAAUGUGGUGUGCCAGCUGAUAGAGUAGCUCAUAUUGGGGACCAUUAUGUUAAUGAUUACCUCACUUCUCGGUCUAUGGGUAUUCACGGCUUCCUUUUAGAUAGACAUAAGGAUGGCCAACUAGAUGUUCCUCGAGAGCAUCGGCUGAGUUCACUGGAUGAGCUGCCGUCACGGCUCCAGCAGCAUAUGAACUAACAUGAGUCAUAAGAUAAGAUAACCUUUAGUCCCACACGUGGGAAAUUUGUUUGGUUACAGUAGAAACAAAUGGUGUCAAGUGAAAUCUACUCAGAACAAACUGGCUUAAUUAGCGAAAUAAUGUAUGGACUGUUGACUUAAGUAUAUCAAACUACUUCAUCCUCAUAAGACAAAUGAAAUGCUGAUAGAAAAAUGUAAUGUAAAAUGUAAGAAAUAUUAACAUUGUAUGGUUAUAUGUAUGUGCACCUUUCAUGUCUUUGUAUUAUAAAAUAUGUUGGGAAAA